UUGGACAACACCUGUCGUAGAAGAAUGUACCCUAGUGUUUAUCGUGUUUAUUUACGAACGGGACGAAUUCAUUACUAUCGUUGACAACCCCUGAACUCUGACGUGACUCUGCCACUCUAUACUAUGACAACUGAUAUACUUCUAGCCUAACCUACAAUCUGACCAACGAACUGCUGACACCACGACCCCGAGCUGCCCGCUGCCCGAGCACCCUCGCUCGAGCCCUUCGACCGACUUUUGUUGUAUUGUAAACAAAUAACACUGCGUGUCGUUUUUAACCUCCAAAAUGCUCCCACCGGCAGCUCAUCUCCAUCAAGCAAUUUUAGAACUUGAAGAACCGGUGAAAUUUCAGGAUUUCUAUGACCAACUCGAUGAAGAAGGAAAUUUGGAAUUUUUACGUUGGGGGCCCGACAAAUUUUUCGAAAUAUUAGGCAACAAAAUUCUUCCGUUUAGAACGGGAAAUAACACGAGAACUUGUGAACCGCAAUGGGACGUGAAAUGUAGCACCGAAGAAAUGAAAUUCGCCGAUUUUCUCGAAACUACAACGUUGGAAAAUGACUCGGUUUGGCGUUACUUCGAUUACAAAUACAUGAGCCAGUGGUUCGAAAGUGAAGCAAAUUUUUUGAAAUCAAUCGAUUGGAAACGAUUUGGUUUUGAUAAAAAUGGUUUCGAUUCUACCCUGUGGAUCGGCAGCAAGAGAGCUCACACCAAUUGUCAUCAAGACUCUUAUGGCUGUAACUUAGUCGCCCAAAUACACGGACGAAAAUUGUGGCUGCUGUUUCCUCCAGAUACAGGUAACGCAAUGAAGCCAACGAGAGUGCCUUAUGAAGAAUCUACGAUAUACAGUGAAUAUAAUUUUUUUUGUCCAACAAUAAAGGACGAGGAGUCAAUAAUGAAUAUUAAAAAAAAUGCUAGGCUUGUUGUACUUGAGCCUGGUGAUGUAUUAUUGGUACCAAACCGGUGGUGGCAUUAUGUAGAAUCUUUGGAUUUCAGUAUUAGUAUCAAUGUGUGGUUGCCUGUAGAAGGAGAUUUUAAGGAAAGGAUAAAUGAAGCUCUUGUCAAGCUACUCGCUAGAAAUAUUGGUUUAGGUUUACCUGCAGUUCCUGAGCCUGAAUACUCUCCCAAAGAAUUAAUCGAGUUGAUUAAACUGAGCGUGUCUCACUAUAACAGCGAAUUGUGCUCGGGUUCUUCAUCUACAGGUAAAAAAAAAAGACCGAGUCCCUGGACAGCUGAAGAAUUGGCAAAGGAAUAUCCAAAAUGUGUUAAAUUGUUGCCAGAAUUGUCUCAAGGAUGUUUACGUGAAUGGUUAAUGAACAACAGAAAACGUUUUCCAGAAGUAGAAAUUCCUCAAAAUACUUCGAAUGAUGUAACUUUGGUUGAUAUCAUCAAUGCAUUGUGUAAUCGUGAAGUAAUAAGUAAAGUUUCUGAAUUGCUCCUUCAUGAUAGAUAGCCAAUAAAUUACAAUUUUUCUUGUGUGAAUGAAAUAAAGAUUAUAUUGGAAAAUCUCA